AUGAGUGCUGUUGAGAAUAUUGUCCUUUUCGAAAAUAAUGGCACUGUUAAGUUCGCCUAUAAGAAGGAUGGAACACCAAUAAAAUUUGAUCAACUUCAACUUUUUGCAGCAGCUCAACAAUAUCUUGAUGUUGGAAAAGUUCCAUUCGUUAUUGGAUCAGAAAAUAAUUCAAAAAUCGCAUUUCAGGAAACCAACAAUAAUGAAAUUAUCCUUUAUGUUACAAAUCAAAUAUAUAGAGAUUCAGAAAUUUUACAUAUUCUAAGAGCUCAAGCAAUUAUGUACAAUGCAUUUUAUGGAUCAUUUGUACGUCCAUUGCAUGUUCAUGGACUUGAUAUCCAAACUGUUUUUGGUGUUCCAAAAGUAAAUCACCACAGACAACAUCCAAACCUUCCCAACUUCCUUCAGCAAUUUCAUGACUUAGGCACAGAUUUAAUUGCAUUUUAUUGCCAGAACGAGAUUGUCGAGGCUUCUGAUAGUUAUUGGCAACAAAAUCGAGAUGAUUUACUCGCAAUUGAUUUAUUAGUUCGUCAUAAUGAAGCCCCAUAUACUGAUCAAGUCUUCAGAAGAAGCGAUGGAAUUGUUUCUAGAGUUUCAGUUGCACAAUUACAAAAUACACUUAAAUUCGUUGCUGUUGGCAAUGUUAAUCUUUCACAAGCUGUUUCCAAAGUACCAGCAAUUCUACGUGCAAAUCAGCAAUUUUUACAGCUUCUUUAUCCUAGAGAUCCACAAGUAUUCAAAGAAGUUCUUGCAUGGGUCAUAGAUGAUAGAGAAACACCACGUUGCUUCGGUAACAUUCCUCCUCAGCUCGAAAGAGAGUUUAUUGAUCUAAUUGUUCAGAAUCAUGAUACAAUUGAGAAGAAUAGAAUCAAAGAUGUUACAUUAGUAUGCAGGGACUACAAGUUCUUCUAUAUGCCCAUGGUUCUUGUAAGACAAACUUCAUUCUUCAGCGGCCAUGCACAUCUUUGGAGCUUUUACUGUUUACACAAUCUUCCUGGAGAUGUUGAUGAGAUGAGAGACUUCGCUGAAAGGAUAAUGAGAGAAAUGGUUCCAUUAUUGAAGCCACUUCCACAACAACCUCCUCCCAAGAAAUAA